GAGGUGUCCGCCUGUCGCUGCGGCUCGGGGUUGACAUUAAGAAGAGCGCGUCCAUGCUUCAGCGCGGAGAUACGGUGCGAUUUGAAGCCACUGAUACUCACAUUGAACUGGUUCCAGGCAGAUACUCAUCACACCGAGGAUACAUGGAUGAACAGAGAAGUAUUGCAAUCGGAAUUAACUUGUCAGCCAGUGCGAGGAAUUUCUGGAUAUAAUGGGGAAUACGACACCUAAGCCUUUAAUAGAUGCGACUCUGCAACCCCGCCCGGUGGCCAACAGGCAGUACUACACUCUGCCUAACAAUGGGGUAGGUGUGGAGAGGAGAACGUCCGCUGCUCCGGUCAGCAUCAGCGUGGAGUCCCCCCGCUUUCACCCCCACGCCAAGGGCAAGAACAUCAGGCUGGAUGGGCAGCUUCGCCGCGCCACACGCAAGAACAGCUUCUGUAAUGGCAUCACUUUCAUCCACAGGCCGGUCCACCUCUAUGAGAAGGUGCGUCUUCGCCUGAGUGGCGUGCACACCGGAUGGAGUGGGGCUUUACGCUUUGGUUUCACCAGUUUGGACCCUAGUGAAUUGGUCACUACAGACAUCCCCAAGUACGCUUGCCCAGAUCUGGUGACUAGGCCCGGAUACUGGGCCAAAGCUCUGCCUGAGAGGCUGGCCCUGAAGGACAACGUGUUGUCAUUCUGGGCCGAUCGCCACGGGAGAGUUUUCUACAGCAUCAACGAUGGAGAGCCCAUCCUCUUCCACUGUGGGCUCAGCAUCGGCUGUCCCCUCUGGGCCAUCAUAGAUAUCUAUGGCCUCACCCAGGAGGUCACACUGCUUGAAAGCACGUUUGCUGAGAGUGUGGCGUCCAGCUGCCUGAGUGCGGCCCGUCUGAGUGCCUAUCUGCCCCAGAGUAGCCACGACUCGGCAAAUUACAACAACAACCAACUGGAGAACAACCAGGCUGCUGCUGCCAAGAUGGCCACCCUCCAGCUCAAUAACUACAACCAGCUCAUCCCCUGCUGCUCCUCCACCAUUUCCUCCUCCACACCAUCUUCCUCGGCCUCCACUGGGUUCGGCACCCCGAGGUUGGCCCGUGGCCUUCCCUCCCCGCUGGACAAUGACUUGCACUUUCACCCAGUCCGUGGCCCCGAUGUGAUUCUCUCCGCAGACCGCUCGGCAGCCUGCAUCCACUUUCUGGACAGCAGUCGGACUCUGGUGUUCAGUGACCGGCCGCUGCAUAUGGGGGAGACUUUGUACGUGGAAGUGGGCCACCUGGGCCUGCCCUACUUUGGGGCGCUGUUGUUUGGCGUAACAUCAUGUGACCCCGCCAGUCUGCACGCAGGGGACCUACCAGCGGACCCUGAGGUUCUCCUGGACCGUAAAGAGUAUUGGGUGGUGCACCGGGGCUUCCCCAUGCCUUGCUCUGGAGACGUGCUCAGCUUCAGUCUGCUGCCCAGUGGAGAGGUGCAUCAUGGGGUAAAUGGAGUAGCACGUGGCAGGCUGCUCUGUGUGGACUCCUCUCAGGUCCUGUGGGCCUUUUUCACCUUGCAUGGGGCCGUCAACAGACUCAGGAUACUAGGAACUCUGCAGUCCAGUCCUCCCUCCACAUCCACCAGCAGUUCUCAGAGCAGCAGUCCAGACGACAGUGACUCAGACCUGGCGUUCAGCGUCAACAGAUCCUCCUCCGCCUCUGAAUCCUCUCUGGUGACUGCUCCCAGCUCUCCUCUCAGCCCUCCGGUCUCUCCCACUCUCAGCGCCUUUGAACUGCCCCCUGCUGGGAAGAGCGGAGAGUGCACUGUUUGCUUCGACCAGGAUGUGGACACGGUCAUCUACACCUGCGGACACAUGUGUCUGUGCAGCGACUGUGGGCUGAAGCUGAAGAGACAGAUCAAUGCGUGCUGUCCGAUAUGCAGGAGGCCCAUCAAAGACGUAAUCAAAACAUAUCGGCCAUGAUGUUCCAGAUGUGUAAACAGGGGCUGUGACUGAUGGAUGCCACCUGUGUUCUCAGGCUUUGUUGGACAUGAAUCUUGACCGCAAUCGGAAAAAAGCCAGGACAUAACCGUGCCUAUAUUUCCAUUUUAUAUGGGUGAAUCGUUUUUGGAGAUAGACUUUCAUCUUCAUACUCAAAACUGUAAUGGAGCUCAUCUUAAUACAAAGACUGCUUCAUGAGCUCCUAUCUUUUGACUCAGAAACAAGAGAUGUGCUUUUGUUUUGUAUUUUCAAUGUGAUGUCUCUUGCGUUAUUUGCCGAGCAGAAAAGCCUGCUGUGAAUAUUUUUGUCCUUACCCUCGUCAUACUUUCAGAAUAGCGUGCUUCAGCAGAAUGUGUGGACUUCUAGUGCCUUAGAUGUUUGUCACAUUUAGUGUCCGAGUAUAUAUACGCUAACAAACGUAGCCAUAGUUUUAAUGUUCAGUGAUGUGGUAAAAGAAGGUUUAUGCAAUAAGCAGUGUAAAAGUAAGUGGACAGAUGGAACCGGAUGGUAAGUGUGUUCAGUGCUUUCGGAAAGGUAUGUUUGGUAUACAAAAUGAAGAAUCUGGUUUUGCAUUUUGUGAGUCAAUAAAGUGGACUUGGUGUGAUUCCAAUUAUUAA